AUGGUACGCACUCUCACAUUGCCAGUUACCUUGAAAGCACACUCUGUGCAGCGCUCGCGCGAACGAAGACUCGUGAAAGAUGAAUUUAAAUCACUGACCGCGCACUUUGACGAACAGAAUAAGCUCAACAAGAACCAAAAAGCUAUCGUGCGACGAUUUAUGGAAGUCGCGGAUACGAGUGAUGAGAGUGCAUCGAUUCACGCGCUCAAAGAGGCGUCUUGGAACAUGGAAAGCGCGUUCGAGGUGUACUUUUACUCGGCACGCUCGAAGAGUUCGAAAAGGUCUUCCACUAACUCGGCCGGUAUUGACGCGAUGUUCGAUGUGUACAAAGCCCAAGACGACCAGCAAGAGCAGAGAAUCGAAGCGGAGGGUAUCAUUCAGCUCUGCAAAGAUUUAGGUGUGGAUCCUUUCGAUCCAGUGACGCUCGUGCUUUCACUGAAGAUGGACGCCGAGACGAUGGGGAAAUACACAAAGGAGGAGUUUACUCGAGGAAUGAUGGAUUUGGAGUGCGAUUCCGUGGCUAAAUUAAAGGCAAAAAUGGAUGCACUGAGAAGUGAGCUCACCAGGCCGAAUGCCUUCAAGGAUGUGUACGAGUUUACGUUUGGCUUCGCUAAGGAACCAAACGCGAAGGCGCUGUCACUCGAUACCGCCAUCGGUUUGUGGAAAGUUUUGAUGGCGGACAAAUGGUGCUUUACGGAUGAAUGGUGCGACUUUCUGGAGAAGAAUCACGGCAAGGCCAUCUCGAACGACACCUGGUCGCAAGUUCUUCAGUUUAGUCGACAAGUGGGCGAGAAUUUGGACACUUAUGAUUCCAACGACGCAUGGCCAUACUUGAUCGACGAGUUUGUGGAAGAGAAGGUGCAAAAGAAAUGA